AUGGUGUUGAUCAAAACCACAGCCCUAUUCAUGGGCUUUGCCACUUUGGCCCUCCCAGUACUUGGUCAAGGGCCCAAAAUUGAAGACUUGGCCAGCGCCUUCGACUUGAAGGAGGUAUCCCUCACUGGUAGUCGAUGGAUGGACAACCAAGACCGCACUGUCAACUACCUCCUCUCAGUUGACCCCGACCGCCUCCUCUAUGUUUUUCGCAAAACCCAUGGCCUGGACACCAAAGGCGCCAAGACCAACGGCGGCUGGGACGCACCAGAUUUCCCUUUCCGCAGCCACGUUCAGGGACACUUCUUGACAGCCUGGUCGCAAUGCUUUGCUAGCACAGGAAACAGAGAGUGUGGCUCUCGAGCUAGCUACUUUGUUGCAGAACUGGCCAAGUGUCAAGCCAACAACGACAAGGCCGGCUUCACUAAGGGAUACCUAUCUGGCUUUCCUGAGUCUGAGAUCGCAAAGGUGGAGAAUAGAACGCUUAACAACGGCAACGUUCCCUACUAUGCCAUUCACAAGACUCUUGCUGGACUCCUCGACGUCUAUCGCCAGGUUGGUGACAAGACUGCAAUGGACGUUUUGCUCUCGCUAGCUGGCUGGGUCGAUACUCGCACUGGAAAGUUGAGCUACGCUCAAAUGCAAGAGAUGAUGCAGACUGAGUUUGGCGGCAUGAAUGAGGUCCUUGCCGACAUCGCCUACUACACUAAAGACAACAAGUGGCUCAAGGUUGCCCAGCGCUUUGACCACGCUCAGAUCUUUGAUCCCCUUGCACAAAACGUCGAUAAACUGUCUGGGCUGCAUGCCAACACCCAAGUCCCCAAGUGGAUCGGUGCUCUUCGCGAGUACAAGGUCUCGGGCGACAAGAAGUAUCUCGAUAUCGGCCGCAACGCAUGGGACUUGACCGUCCAUAAGCACACGUAUGCGAUCGGUGGAAACAGUCAAGCCGAGCACUUCCGCGCCCCUGAUGCGAUUGCCAAGUAUUUGACCAACGACACCUGCGAGGCUUGCAAUACCUACAACAUGCUCAAGCUGACCCGUGAACUCUGGGCUUUGAACCCAAGCGAUGCGUCGUACUUUGACUUUUACGAGAACGCUUUGAUGAACCAUCUUCUUGGUCAGCAGAACCCCAAGGACAGCCACGGGCAUGUCACGUACUUCACACCUCUCAACCCUGGUGGCAGACGCGGAAUCGGUCCCGCUUGGGGUGGUGGUACAUGGAGCACUGACUAUGACUCCUUCUGGUGCUGUCAGGGAUCUGGUAUUGAGACAAACACCAAGCUCAUGGACUCGAUCUACUUCCACACCAAGGACACACUCUACGUCAAUCUCUUUACGCCAUCCAAGCUGAACUGGUCUCAACGCCAGGUGUCUGUUACUCAGACCACCGAGUUUCCCCAAAGUGAUUCAACCACUCUCAAGAUCGGUGGCACAUCUGGCCAAUGGACUCUGGCGGUCCGCAUUCCAGCCUGGACCUCGGGGGCCACUAUCAAAGUCAACGGAAAAGCAGUUGAUGCAGAAAUCAAGGCCGGAAAGUACGCCCUCGUGAACAGAACUUGGGCCUCCGGCGAUACAGUGACUCUGCAAUUCCCAAUGAGCCUACGAGCUAUCGCUGCCAACGACGAUGCGAACAUGGCAGCUGUCGCUUUCGGCCCUGUUAUCCUGGCCGGAAACUACGGCGAUACCUCUUUGAGCUCUGUUCCUACGAUCGAUCUGUCAAGUGUGAAGCGACAGGGUACAACUGGUCUCAAGUUCAAGGCUACUUCUGGUGGCAACGCUGUUGAUAUGGGCCCCUUCUAUGAUGCGCAGGGAUUUAACUAUAAUGUGUACUGGAAGCUUCAGGGCAAGCUGAGCAGUUCUUAG